GUGAUGAGAUUCAACAAGUCAUCAGUAUUAGCAAUAAUUCAACACUCUUAGCACUCCGUACGCAAUCGCAAUACAUCAUACAUGUAUUGUUACUAAAAAUAGGGAUGAGAGCAUUGACAAAUUUUCUCAUUUCUAUUUUUAGUAAUAAAACAUGAUAUGUAUGUUAUUCCGCAGCUAUGUUUUCACUUGAAAAUUGCCGGAAGAAAACACUUCAACAUUUAAUGACCGCGUAUGCAGAUUAUGGAAUAUAUAAUGUGUGCCACGGAUCCAUCAGGCAUAAUGACACUGAUAGGCUGCUGUACUAUUUCAAGGAAUUCAAUGUAUAUAGGCAAAACUACACCCUGGCAAGGUUCGGUUACAGUCGUUUCAAGAGAUUACUUUGACGACAUUCCUGUUUUCAAAAUUCAAGUAAGCAGAGGAUUUCGCAACAAAAAUACUAAAAUGACCAGUAUGGAUACAUCAAAGAUUUUAGAUGGCUUGUAUGCUUUUGGUGUCAAAUGUGGCUUGAACGCCCCUCCACUGUUGUACGCCAGCAAAAUAAACACAUAUGCAGUGCUUUCACCGCCUUCGUUUUGGAAAAACCUACAUUUCACAGAGGACAAACAUCUAACAGAUACGUUUUUAGCAUACAAAAACGAGUAUCGGCAAUGUUUCUACUGUACAGAUGCGGACUUCAGUGCGUUGGAGAAACGCGUUCGUGCUAGUACAAUCCCUUUAAUAAGGUUUGAUGAUAUAUCACAGGCUCAUGUAACAGGUGGUUUUAAUGAAAGUCAACGGAAUGAAUUUGUGUUUCCCGGUUCUGAAACGUUAAAUCAGCCUCCUUACGGUGACAAUACUGUUGGACUUUCCAUCCAAGUCACCGAUGGAAGAGAGAAUGAAACCCCUACACAGCAACACAAUGAUCUUAGUAGACAAAUGCAGUCAGGCGCUGGACAAGAGCAAAAUAAUAAACAUAAAUGGAAGACAGCCAAAUAUCCAGAUUUCCAGGAUAUUAAAUACAGAUUGGAAUCAUACCGAGGAUGGCCACUGGCAGAACCGAACCCAAGGGCACUAUGUGAAGCUGGAUUCGUUUUCACCGGUCACAGCUACGACCUCGUGCGGUGUUUCUGCUGCGGCAUCGGUCUAAAAGACUUCUCUGACACGGAUGAUCCAAUGCUGGAACACGCAAAAAAUUCAUCGAACUGUCCGUUUAUAUUGGACCACUUUGGAAGUUUGGAAGCCUUAGAAAGAUAUAGGCAAAGAAUCGUAACUCAGGAUCCUGAAAAGAUAAGGCGAAGGCAACGUGACAUCUUCCAAAGGCAACUAGGUCGAGAAGCCGCAAACUACAGAGCAAAGCACGAGUGGUUCCGAACGCUUCAAUCCCGCCUAGAUACGUACACACACUGGCCUCAACAUUUGUCCCAGAGCCCAGAACAAUUGGCAGAGGCAGGGAUGUUCUACACAGGUGUUGAUGAUCAUUGUCGCUGCUUUGCCUGUGACGGUGGCUUAAGAAAAUGGGAACCUGGAGAUGAUCCCUGGAUAGAACACUGUCGAUGGUUUCCGGCUUGUCCUUAUGCAAGAGAAAUCAAGGGCGAUGAAUUUAUCAACCUAGUCCAACUCUCUGCCGAUCACGCCUUGGAAAAUGUAUCAAAUUCUCAAGACGAAGCGAGUGGUGCUAUGGCUGCUUUAAAAAUUGACGAUGCAAAUAUUGAAAUACUAGUGGAACAAAAUAAAGACAUUCUAGUUAAGGACAUGGGGUUUUCUAUUUCCGAUGUAAAAACCGCAAUUUUCGAAGUAUUACAACAAGGCACCACUAUCCCAGAUAUUGUUGAUAUAAUCACUCGACUGGAGGUUAUGAGUGAGAGAAAGCAUCUAGAAGAACAAUUAAAGCAAACACAAGUACCACUAGAUCCGGAAGGUACAUUUCCGACAGAAAGAUAACUGGAAGAAAACCAACGAUUGAAGAGCCUGCUGCUGUGCCAUUUAUGCAACAAAAACCAAGUGAAUGCAUUGUUUUUACCUUGCACCCAUCACAAAUACUGUUUGGACUGCACAGAACACAGCGAUAAAUGUCCAGACUGUAACAGAACUAUUAAAGAGAGGAUUCGCACAUAUAUGACAUGAACCAUUAUCCUUAUUAUGAUAAGUCAAUAUAUUAUGAGAGCUUUUGAGGCAUGAAAUGACCAGAUUUUCGUAUUGUACAAGAAUCAUUUACUUUUUUAUAAUUAGAAGAUUAUAUAUAUAUAUAUAUAUAUGUGUGUGUGUGUGUUGUGUGUGUGUGUGUGUGUGUGUGUGUGUGUGUGUGUGUGUGUGUGUGUGUGUGUGUGUGUGUGUGUGUGUGUGUGUGUGUGUGUGUGUGUGUGUGUGUGUGUGUGUGUGUGUGUGUGUGUGUGUGUGUGUGUGUGUGUGUGUGUGUGUGUGUGUGUGUGUGUGUGUGUGUGUGUGUGUGUGUGUGUGUGUGUGUGUGUAAGAACAACAUGUGUAACACAAUUUUGUUUCAUUUUAGAUGUCAUUUUUACUUACUUUCAGAAAAACGAGUAACACUCGCAUGCCCCCCCCCACCCACCUUAAGGUAUUGCAUUGACCCAAAAGUAUGAGCAUGAUCUUCAAAGUUGGGACAACAGACACGUUUCAUAAGUUGAUUAACAUGUGUGUUAAUGAUUGUUUUAUAUUCAAAUA